UAACACCCAACGAGGAAGAGGCUACCUGAGCGCGUUUCCUGAUAGUGAAAUUCUAGGAGCUGGAAAACACCGGGAAAGGAUGUCUUCAAAUGAUGAUGGGUAUGUGGUCCGUAUCAGAGGACUUCCUUGGAACUGCUCAAGGGACGAAGUGGCUAGCUUCUUCUCUGACUGUGACAUUGUGGGAGGCGCAGACGGAGUAUGUCUGACCUACACUAAAGAGGGUCGUUCCACCGGCGAGGCAUUUGUUGAGCUACAAACAGCUGAUGAUUACAAGAAUGCACUUGCCAAGGAUCGUAAAUACAUGGGACACAGAUACGUAGAAGUGUUUAAGUCAAAACUUAGUGAAAUGGAAUGGGUGCUGAGACGUAGCGGCCCUCCUCCUGACAGCUGCAAUGGCUGCAUGCUAAAAUUAAGAGGACUCCCCUUUGGCUGUAGCAAGGAGGAGAUUGUCCAGUUCUUUUCAGGGUUCAGAAUCGUGCCAAAUGGGAUAACUCUGCCAGUGGACUACCAGGGGAGGAGCACAGGGGAAGCCUUCGUGCAGUUUGCCUCAAAGGAGAUAGCAGAAAAGGCUCUGGGGAAACACAAGGAAAGAAUAGGGCACAGGUACAUAGAAAUCUUUAAAAGCAGCCGUUGGGAGAUCAAAGCCCACUAUGACCUUCCCCGGCGGGGGGGAACAACCCAGAGGCCUGGGCCCUAUGACAGACCUGUAGUAGCAGCCCCAAGGGGAAGCCUUUAUGGGCCUGGACGCAGUGUGGGUCUGAUAGACAACAUGAGGAGUGGAGGCGGUUAUGGAGGAGGUUACAGUAGUUUUGACAACUACAAUGGUCUCAAUGACUAUGGUUUUAGUGAUGGGAUGUUUAAUGACCGAAUGAGAGGAGAGAGAGGAGGAAGAGGAAUUGGAGGCCACGGUUAUGGUGGACCGUCUGAUGGUGGCUCAGGUUUCCACAGUGGCCAUUUCGUGCACAUGAGGGGUUUACCUUUUCGGGCCACAGAGGGCGACAUUGCAAAAUUCUUUGCUCCACUGAAUCCACUGAGGAUCCACAUUGAUAUGGCGCCUAAUGGGAAGCCAACUGGAGAGGCGGAUGUGGAGUUUCGCUGCCAUGAAGAUGCGGUGGCGGCCAUGUCCAAAGACAAGAAUCACAUGCAGCAUCGCUAUAUCGAGCUGUUCCUUAACUCAACAUCUAGUGGAGCACCUGAAAUGAGCCGUGGGGGAGGCGGUUACUACAGCAGCGGAGGAGGAGGAGGCUCAAGAAGUGGAGGACUACGAGGGGUGUACUGAUGUCCCCCAAUUGUCCUCUGAUAAAUCCUGGAGUUUGUCUGCGUCUUGGAACACCUGUUUUAAUAUUAUAGCAUUUCUUAUCAGGAAAGCUGAUGGUAGUCACUUAUUGUGUUACAAAUGACAUCAUUUAGUGCAGAGCUGUGACAAUUUCACCCCACAUAGAAUUUAGCCUGCAGCUCUGUUUCGACACCAUACCUGAAGAUUUAAUAUAGGAGAAAACACUUGCUUCCUUUGGUAAGAAAACAAAAUCCUAGUCCCUUAGUAUCUUGGGAACAUAUUUGUAUUUUGACUGUUUGUUCUUACAUUUUGUAUAUUUGGGUAUUGUAAUACAAUUAUCACAAAUAUAAAAGAGGUUCUUGCAUAGAGCAAAGAAAGAAAUGUUUGGAUUCGAGUAGGAACAUUUACAUUGUUUUGGUGCUGUGAAAAAAAAA